GGCAACGUUUAUUUAUGAUGGGAAUCUCCCCUUGUGUAUUAAAAUGUUAGUUUCUUUCGUUAAAGAGUUUUUAAAUAUCGAGUUUUAAUUAUGGCUGCAAAAAAGCAAACCAUUACCCGAGUUCGAAUUGCUCGAGAAGAAUUAGAGAAAAUGACAAAAGAAGACUUCCAAAAAUGUUGGGUCUUACAAGAGCAAUAUGUUGAUCAGUUAGAAAAUAAAUUGAAUAGUAAUAAUGAACUUUCUGAAUUAUUGAGCUUGAGAGAAUCUGAAGAAAAAAUGAAAUUGCAACAACUGGAGACAGCUCGAAGAGAAAAUAUUCUAGUUAUGCGACUUACUACUAAAGAGCAAGAAAUGCAAGAAUAUGCUGGUCAGAUUCAAGAGUUGAAGCAAGCCCAGGUUCCUACUAUAGCUCAACUGAGAUCAGCUCUUCUGGAUCCUGCUGUCAACCUCCUUUUUGAAAGAAUGAGAAAGGAAAUGGAUACACUCAAAGCUUCUCUUGAAGAGACUCAGAACGAACUCAGCGCUUGGAAGUUCACUCCUGACAGCAAUACUGGCAAAAGAUUAAUGGCAAAAUGUCGUCUCCUGUAUCAAGAAAAUGAGGAACUGGGGAAAAUAAUUUCAUCUGGUAGAAUGGCAAAACUUGAAGGGGAUCUCGCAUUACAAAAGAGCUUUAGUGAAGAAAUGAAGAAAAGCCAGUCAGAAUUAGAUGAGUUUUUGCUGGAAUUGGAUGAAGAUGUAGAAGGGAUGCAAAGUACUAUUUACUAUUUGCAACAACAAUUGAGAGAAGCCAAAGACCAAAUUCUACAGCUUCAAAAAGAAAAAGAAAAACAUCUAGAUUUGCCUAAUGGUACAGUUUCAGACCACAAGCUAUUAACUGAAGAAACUAUGGAUAUUAGCAGCCAAUCUUCAAGUUUACCGUUAAUUUGUGAAACAAAUGAAUCAAAUUCGAGUUCAUUACCUGUAACCAAUGGAACAAAAUGUGAUUUAGAACUUACAAUAAAGAAAGAACCUAACUGUCAUGAAAUCCAAUCAUCCUCUGACACUAAAGAACAGUGUAAGAUAAAAAGUGAAACUAAAAUAAAAAGUGAACCAAUGGUAGAUAAUGAUUCCUAUGUAACUUCAACUCCUGAACAAAAAGAACUACCAAAGGAUUUAGCUGUUUCUCAAGAGAGUGUCAUUCAAUCUGUUAUUGUUCAAAAUAAAUGUGCUGUGACAAAUGAAAAACUUGCCACACCAAAAGAAAGAACAAACUCAAUUCUUGAUGGUUUGGAUAAUUCUCCGAACCGUUUUUCUAGAACUAAUGAACAUACGACUGAUACAAAUGAAUCAACUGAAGAAAAACGUUGUAUAACAGCUUCAGAGGAUACAGUUAAGCGAAAUGUACCAGUAAACUCUAAUAAGAGGACAUCUGAAGGAGGAAGAGGUCGUAAAAGGACUAGACCUCGAACUCCUGUUGAGCCAGAAGCUAUUAAGGAAGAGUCUUUGCCUGUGAGGAAAAGAACUCGUAGACGGGAAGCUGAAAGCAGGCAAGAAGUUUCAGAGGAUAGUAAAAGGACACAACUUGAAAUAGAUACAGACACUGAAGUUCAAGUUGCACAAACAUUAGCUUAUUGGGCAUCUGCCAAACAAGAAAGGACGGAUAUUCAGUCUGAUCCAAGUGGUAAUGCACUUGGUAAUGGUGAAAUAAGUAAAAGAGACAGUGAAGAUAAAUAAGUUAUCUUUAUAACUGAUACGUGUUUUUUUUUUUUUUCUUUCUGCCUUAAAAAGUGAAACAGCUGUAAAUUACUUGACUUUGAAUCAUUCUUUUUUUAUUCUGAGUUUAUAUAAAUACAUUUUACAAAGGCCCACAUUGUUUGGAUUCAUUUAUAUAAGUUCAUUUCGAUGCUCAAUAGAAUAUUGUGCAAUUUUGGUACAUGCUCUGUAUGUGCUACUUAAUACAUAAAAUUACAGUUUUGAACUGGUUACUUUUUACUCUUGUUUGAAAUUGACCAUGUGAACUUUUGUUAACAUUAUUUUAUGUGUCAGACAAUGUGAGCAUAAUUGUUAUAUCAAAACUUUUUUAUGAAAAUAAAAAAUA